CAAAGAAAAGCAAUGCAAGAGUGAUAGAAAUCUGAAGCUACCGGAAACGUACAAUGGCUAACAACGUGUUUGGAGACCCCAUCACCGAUCACACUUUGAGGAAUAUGCCGGAGUACAAGGGCAAGCAGAUAAAAAAAAAGGAUAGAGCGGAAGUGGCUUUGCUUUUUAAAAAUUCAGGGAACAAGAGCGAGAAUGCCAAGAGCUACCUGGACAAGUUGAAGGGACAGGUGGGGAACGAAAUCUCAACGUUUGGCCUGGUUUACAACGCUACUGGGGAUACCAUCACGUUUGUUGACGAGCAGACUUGGUCUGGAGAAAUCGACCCGUCCACGUAUCCGUCAGCGAUCGAAAAUGGCCAGUGGGGUGCCUUCCUCCAUAUCAAAACGCCUGGCGCAAUAUGUGGUUCCCACGCGGCUGUAGUGUACCGCUGCAAGAAUGAGAGAGGACGACAUUAUGACUGGGUGGUGGCUUGGGACAACCCAUGGAGCAGAAUUUCUUAUGAAAACAAGGUCUACACAGAGAUUCGAAAAGAAAACGACUUUGAAGGGAGUUGGGAAGCUAUCCAAAAUAUAGUGACGCAGAAGACCAACGAUUACAACAAUCAUCAGGAGACAUCGAACGGAUGCAAGUCAACUGUUGCAAUAGGCGAGUACCCUUCCCCAUUGAUUGGAUGCAAGUUACUUAGUGCAGUGCUCACGCUUGCACCAUAGCUUUAUAUGCAACUCUCCCCAUGAAAGAACCGGUUCAAAUAGCUAACUUUAUGUUGGAAUCCUUGUGUCUCCUCCCAGCGGACUCGAAAUUACGUAAAAAUUAAAUAAGGACGAGGGAUGUGCAUUUUCUUUUCUAGAAUGGUGUGUAUUAAUCCUAGGGUAUGUGGUGCAGCUGCUUUUGAGUAUCAUGCAUGUUGCUUCUAUCCUUCUAUGCAGUUCCUUGGGCUGAAGUAACUGCCUUGCGGGUGCUCUUUUGCUAG